UCUCUCUCUCUCUCUCCCCUUUUCAAAACUCGACCGUUGGAGACUCCCUCUCUCUGUGCGGCAAGAACCCGGGAAGAUGCCGACGAUGAGGAAGCGAGCGAGGACCCAGGGACCCAUCUCGACCCCGAGCUCGCACGCCGGCGGCGGCGGCGACGACCACGCCGGGUCCGGGAAGAUCUCCCUCUACGAGCAGUCCAGGGAGGAGCGGAUCAGGGCCAACCUCGAGCGGAUGCAGAAGCUCGGCAUCGUCGACCUCUCCCAGAAGCUCCGGUCUUCCUCCUCCUCCUCCGUGCCGCCUCCCAAGCGGACCCCGUGCCGCAGAUCGUCCGAGAAGUGCGCUCCGGUCCCGCCCUCCGGUCCCGUCCGGCGGUCUUCCAGGUUGCAGAGCGUCAUGCCGAUAAGCUAUGCAGAAGUUCGGUUGCACAAGAAGGACAGGUCUUUAGAAGAUGAGGGAAUAGUUCUGGAAGAGGGCUCGAAGCCGGAGAUUUAUACAGAGGAGCAUGAGAAGCUGUUGGGCAACACUGAGAAAACUUGGGAAAUUUUCGUGGAUGGGUGUGGGAAAGACGGGAAGCGUAUUUAUGAUCAAAUCCGAGGCAAGACUUGCCAUCAAUGUAGGCAGAAAACUCUUGGCUAUCGAACUCAAUGCAGCCAAUGUACCCUGGUGCAGGGACAGUUUUGUGGAGAUUGUUUGUACAUGAGAUAUGGGGAACAUGUGCUGGAAGCCCGGCAAAACCCGAACUGGGUAUGUCCAGUUUGUCGCGGAAUAUGCAAUUGUAGUUUGUGCCGGCAAGCAAAAGGGUGGCCUCCUACUGGUCCUCUUUAUAAGAAGGUAUCCAGACUGGGGUUUAAGUCUGUAGCACAUUAUCUAAUUCAGACCCGCAGCUUGCAAGCGCAGGAUGAAAAAACUUCAGACUCUCUUGUUCAUGGUUCUGCAAAGAGGUCGCUGCCCUUCUUGGAUAUGGAAACAGUGGUGAAUGCAUCUUCCGUGCUUUCCAAUGAUGAUGCCAUUGCAUUGUCAGAGUCUGAGUCUGAUCCUCAAGUUGUACGAGAAAACUCCGCUGGUCACGUUUCUGUGAAAAGGUCGUUGCCCUUUUCUGGCAAGGAAGCACAUGUUCAAAGUGUUGAUGAUUUAUGUUCUGCUGAAUACAACGAAAAUUGUGAACUGUCCAAGCCCAAAUGCGAACAAGGACUAGAAAAUGGUGUCAAAGAUCUCAAUGUGGAUUGCACUGAAGUAGUGAAAGGCCCUAAACCGGUAUCUAAGAGGAACCGCCGCCAUGAUCCUUCAUCUGAUAGCAUUGCUGGAAGAUUGAGGCUCAGGCGCAGGAUUAGCGAGGGAAAUCUGGACAAGCCGAGAGAUGAGGGAAAAGUUUCAGAUGGCAAGAAUCUUCACGAUAUCGUGAUGGAAAAGGACGAAGGUGAAGAGAAGGAAAUCCACUGCGUAAGUGAUUGACGCGCAUAUAUCGAUGUAGGGUUUGAGGGCAAACCCAGCAGUAAUCUCUGGUUGAUCGGGUAAACUGCGUGGUGGCCAGGCAACAUUUUGAAUAGCAUAUAGGCCGAAAGGGAUGUGGUAUAUAGUAUUUCUCGGUUAGCAUUUGCUGAUGAUUCUAGAUUUAGGCCAAAACAUUGUUCUGAAGCAUUUUGGUCCCCGGAUUAGCAAUCCAGCUUUUGGCCUGUAAGUUUU